CUGUCAGCCGGGUUCGUUCGGGUUUGAAGGCUUGAAGAAACAUACAGGCGGAUCGAGUGGCCGCAAAGUGGUAAAAUAACGGAAAUGAAGAGGCUCGUGUCACUCCUCAUAACGGUGUACGCCUCGGUGCCCGUCGUGCUCUACCUGUUCCCCUGGACACUCAACUAUGCUGUGUUUGCUCACCUGGUGAGGUUUCCAUUGCUGGUGGAUCUCAGCCGACCUGAAGAUGUGCUGAAUUACACACGCAACUUCUACCUCAACACCGAGGAGGGCAUCUCAGUGGGAGUGUGGCAUACGCUCCCCGCCAGCCAAUGGGAGGAGGCCACUGGGAAAGGCCCCGAGUGGUACCAGGAGACUCUGGGAGAUGACCGUCCUGUUAUUAUCUAUCUCCAUGGAAACGUAGGGACCAGGGCAAAAAACAACAGAGUGCAACUAGUGAAGAUCUUGAGUGCUGCAGGGUACCACGUUUUGUCUUUAGACUACAGAGGUUUUGGAGACUCCACAGGGGAGCCCAGUGAAGCAGGGCUGACCAGUGACGCCCUCUACCUGUACCACUGGGUAAAGCAACGCAGCAAAGACAGUCUGGUCUGCCUGUGGGGACACUCGCUCGGCACUGGGGUGGCGACAAACACUGCAGUGAAAAUAUUAGAGCAAGGCUCCGCUGUUGAUGCUUUAAUCCUGGAAGCUCCGUACACCAGAAUCGGACGGGUCGUUGUCAACCAUCGGCUCGCCAAACCGUACAUGUUCCUGCCAGGAUUUAAGAGCUUGCUUGAGUAUCUUCUGGAGGAGAACAACAUCGAGUUUGCCAACGAUAAAAAUUUAAAGAUAUUGACCAGUCCACUCCUCAUCCUGCAUGCAGAGGACGACCACGUGGUCCCUUACCACAUGGGUCAGCAGCUGUAUCAGAUAUCACUGGAGGCGCAGAGCAAAUUCAGCACAGAUGUUAAAGUCAAGAUGGUCUCCUAUGAAGCAAGUCGUGGAUACUCUCACAGCAGCAUGUAUUUGGAUCCCAAUUUGUCAGAUGUGGUUGGGACAUUUCUUCAAAGCGUUUGAAUAUAAGGAACCUCUCCCUUCCAUCAAAUGGUGAAUGGUGAAGAUUUCACGUCGAUUAUGUUUACAAUAAUGUCCUAACAGAUCCAAUUCACACUGAGUUUUACUUCCAAGGGUACAUAAUACCUGACAAAAUCAUUCCAAGUCAUGUUGAAUUUCACUUUGAUUUAAUCAGUGAGUACGAAUAAUAAAUUAACAAAGAAUAUUUAUGCUUGUUUUGCUGUGAUUUUUUGUUGUUGCUGUUGUAAUUAAUCCUAUGAUCCAAACUUUUGGAUUUGACAGACAUGCAAAAAUCAUCUGUCAUUGACAAUGUGAUUAUUAUCUUUGCACUGACAACACAUAGCCACCAUCCAAACCAUCCAAACUAACAUGCAUGUGUUGUUUAAAGCCGCCUUACAUUUAUGAAAAGAAAUGUAACAUGCUUUAAAGAUAUACUGUGAAAAUG